CUCCAGCUGAGAGGAUGUAGAUGAGGCUGGUCCCAGUCACACCCCCCCCCCCAUGGCCUUCACCCCAGGAGCCUAACUUUGCCAUUCAGGUUUCUUUCUGAGUGACUCUCUUCCUCACAAUCUCAAAAGUGUUUCUAAGGGUCUUUAGGUCUCCAUUGCAUCUUCUUUUUAAAAAUUAUUAUUUAAAAAUAAAUUUAAAAUUAAUUUUCUGUAGCUUACAUUGGUCCAGCACUCCUGAUCUUCCCGUUUCUAUCUUGGAUGCUGGGAUUACAAGUACCAAGUGGGGAUUGAACCAACAAACACUUGGCCAGCUGAAUGAAUGCUACUAAGUGGAAGUUAGUUUGUGUCUGACUCUGCCCUCCCCUCUCUCUCCAGGGUCUCUCUAUAUAAGCUCAGCUGUCCUGGGAUUUAUUGUAUAGACCAAGCUGGCCUCACAGAGAUCUGCCUGGCUCUUCGGUCAGAGUACUGGAAUUAAGGGGGUGUACCAUCACACAUGGUCUCUUCUUUUAUUUAUUUAUUUAUUUAUUUAUUUUUUUCGGAGCUGGGGACCGAACCCAGGGCCUUGCGCUUGCUAGGCAAGCUCUCUACCACUGAGCUAAAUCCCCAACCCCUUCUUUUUUUUUAAUAGAUGUGGCUUCCUUGGUCUCUAACGCUCACAUGAUUCUCUACCUCAGUCUGUGAGUAGGGAGGAGCUACAAGCAAUGCCACACCAGCUUUCCUUUCAAUCUCCACAUGCCUCUGGACCUCUGUGUCCAUCCAAAUGUCUUUCUCUGUCUCUGCGUGUUGGUCUAUGGCCCAGCUUCCUGGCUGACAGCAGUGCCCGCCUGCCUUUCUCUCUCUCUCUGCCCAAGACCCUUGACCUCCAAGCCUGGGGUAAUAAAAACUGCACUCCUUACCCGCUGUGCUGUGGAACAUUUGAAAAACCAACAAAGGUCAAAGUGUCGGGACCACAGCGGACAAGGCCAAAAGUGGCCCCAGACAUGAGGUCCUCUAAGGAAAGUGAAGAUGCAUUUUUCCUUGCCAAAUCGAGAGCUUCCGCAUCAGAUAGGCCUGAGGAGUCUUCCUUGGUAAAGACUUCAGGCUCCUCCCUGGACAAAAAUGUAUCCAUUGAGACAACAAAGCUUUCUGAGAUGGAUUCAAACCUUUUGGUAUGGGAAGAUGGGACCCUAGCGACCUGGUCUACAUCAGCCUGGAUUGCACAGGCUCAAGUUUCAGAGAGCCGGGUGGCAAAGGCUCAGGCCUGGGAGACCCUUGCUUUGGAGGCUCAGGCAAGAGGGGCCUUACAAUUCAACAAGCCCAGCACCACAGAGUACUCAAUGGAGACAACCCCGAAACAAGAAUCCCCCAUAGAGUUGAACAAGACGAGUAAGGAAAAUAGCAACGUCUUCCCUCCCUGGCUCCUCUGGUCCAGCAAGGCUGAGUACAUCCUGGCCCUCAUGGGCUACUUGGUGAUGCCAUCUGGACUCUUGCGCUUUGUCACAUGCUGGGUUCACAAAGGAAGCUGGAGCUUCUUCAUUGCGUACCUCCUAAUGCUGUUCGGCCUUGGGAUUCCUCUCCUCUUCCUGGAGAUGGCGGUUGGUCAGAGGGCACAGCAGAGCAGCAUUGACCUGUGGAAGACCCUGAGCCCCUGGUUUGGUGGACUAGGAUACAGCAUGGUUAUGGUGUGCCUCAUCACUAACACCUACCUGAACGUGUUCAAUUCCUGGAUCCUCUUCUACAUGAGCCACAUAUUCCACUUCGUUGUCCCAUGGGACCGGUGUCCCUUACAAAAGAAUUCCAGCGACUUUGAUCCUGAAUGUGAACAGGCAACAUCCUACACGUACUUUUGGUACCGGCAGACCUUGAAGGCCUCAGACAGUAUUGAGGAUGGAGGACAGCCGUCCUUCAACCUGGCCAUGUUCCUCUUUCUGGCCUGGUGCCUCAUUUGUGUCUUCAUGGUCAACGGGAUCAAGUCCCUUGGGAAGGUCCUGUGUGUCUUGUUGCAAGUUCCCUAUUUCAUCAUCAUCUGCUUCCUCGUCCGGACUCUGUCAAUGGGCAAUGGCAUAGGAUAUGGCCUUAACUACCUGCUGAUCCUGGAGGUGGCGAGAAUCUCCGACUUAACUAUGUGGUGCCAAGCAGGGAUCCAGGUCUUGUUUGACAUUGGCCUGGGCUUUGGCCCCGUUAUCUCUUUAUCCUCACACAUGUCUGACUUCAACAACUGUCUGAAGGAUGCCUUCCUUAUGGGUCUGUUCAAGAUAGUCACCUUGUUGAUCACCACACCCUUCUUCCUCUCCAUCCUGGGCUUCUGGGCCACUAUAACCACACAUCACUGCUGUAAGAAGAACACAAAUAAACUCCUAAUGCUGAUAGCCCAGGGGAUCCUGCCUCCUGAGGUGGAGCCCCCUGACCUGAAUGACGACCCCAUCUCCAUCUACAAUUCCUGGCUCAACAGCCUCCCGCCACCCUUGAGGAGCGCCGUUCUCAGCAUGGUGCCCGAAUGCAACAUCCAGAAGCAGUUUAUGAGGAUUGAGGAUAGCCCUCGCUUCCUGUUCCUGAUCUUCACUGAGGUCAUCUCACUAUUACCCGGGUCUGCCUUCUGGACUGUCCUCUUCUUUCUGGCGCUGCUGGGUCUGGGGUUGUGUACCAACCUCAUGUACAUGCUGGGCAACAUUUUGACACUCCAGGACACCUUCCCCUUCUGCAGGAGACAGCCAAGGUUGCUCACAGUGGGUGUUUCCAUGACGACGUUCCUGUGUGGCCUCAUCUUCAUCCAACCUUCAGGCAUCUACUACUUUUCACUGCUGAGUGAAUACUGGGUAGCAGUGCCCAUCAUCACCAUCAUCCUAUGCGAAACCCUUGCCGUAGCCUGGGCCUAUGGGGCCAAGAGGUUCCUUGCAGACAUGAUGGCUCUGCUGAGCCGCCCCAUUUUCCCUGGCUGCAGCUGGCUGUGGCGCUAUGUGUCUCCAGUGGUGCUGCUAGGCCUGUUACUGUUCAUCUGCAUUUACCUUGUCCAGGGGCCCCUCGUCUACAUGGCCUGGGACUCAAGCACUUCAAAAGAAGUGGUCCGCUAUUUCCCAAUGUGGUCCUUGAUGCUGAUUGCUGGGCUGUCUGCCGUUGUCCUCAUGCCCAUCCCUGCAUACUUUGCCUACUGCCUCAACCUGGGGAUUCCCUUCAGGUCUGCGCCCUCCUGUAAGCUACCACUCGGAAGUGGCCAGCUAUUGACUACAAAAGAGGCCUCAAAGGAUAUUCUACAAGGCUACAAACCAGAGUCCUAAUGAGCCUGUCAGCAGAGCCCCCACUUCCCUCGUCAGGCCAGACAUCUUGCAUCUCUCACAGCAGACCAGAGAGGCAGCUCUGAACAUCAGCUUAAAGCUGGCAGCAGCCCAGGUGCCCAGGACAGAGGAGCGGUGGGGCCUGCUGGCUCUGGAGCACGUUCCUGGCUGGGUUCUUCCACUGCCAUGCAGUGCCUCCCCAGGUCCUGGCUCAGAGCAUGCGAGCAUUCAGUGCACCCAGGCUUGGCCUGCCAGCCCUGCUCCUGGUCUGUGGGUCUCCUGCAGGGUGAAGGGAAGCACGGGGCUGCUGGCCAAUAAAUCAGUCAGUGCAACUCCA